GACCAACUCCUCUGUGCCAGGAAAAGCCGCUUCUUUCUCACAUUGAUCAGCACAUUUAUUUUAGCAAUGGAUCAUCAAAUUAAACGGCAGUCUUCUCAAAAUUUCAAUUUUAGUUCACUUUCAGGACCCAAACACCAACACUAUGCCCACAGUGUCAGCGGAGGGGCAGGUGGCUAUGGAACCAGGAUCUCCCGUUUCUAUCACUCGCAGCUUGGCCCCCACUUUGGUGGAGGAUACAAAUACACUUUCAGCAGCAGGUCCUCUGGGAAUACAUCUGGAGACCUGAAUAUCAGAACAUCUGGAGACCUGAAUAUCGGAAACGAGAAGCUUGCCAUGCAGCACCUGAACGACCGCCUGGCGAGCUACCUGGAGACAGUGAGGAAACUGGAGAAGGCCAAUAAUGUUCUGGAGAUCAAGAUUAGAGAGACCAUUGAGAAGAGAGGCCCCUUGGAAGGGAGGGACUACAGCAAGUACUACGCCACCAUUGCAGACCUGAGGGCCAAGAUCUUCAACAUGGUCAAGGGAAACGCCCACCUUGCCAUCAGUCUUGACAACGCACGCCUGGCUUCAGACGACUUCCGAGCCAAGAUGGAAUAUGAGUUGUCCAUGAGGCAGGCAGUGGAGGCUGAUGUUGCCAGGCUGAGGAAGUUCCUGGAUGACACCAAUGUUGUUCGCAUGAACCUGGAGGCUGAAAUUGAGUCCAUGAAGGAGGAGUUGAUAACCCUGAAGAAGAACCAUGAAAGAGAAGUUGCUGAAUUGCAAGCCCAAAUCGCCCAGGCUGGCGUUCAAGUGGAUGUUGAUGCUCCUAAAGGACAGGACCUAACCAGGAUCAUGGAGGAAAUAAGAGCAAAGUAUGAGAAAAUAGCACUGAAGAACCAGGAAGAGUUCAAAGCAUGGCAUGAAUCUCAGAUCACAGAGGUGCAGGUCAAAGUGACCGAGAGCUCAACAGCCCUGAAGGAUGCCUCAAGUUUAAUGACUGAAACUAGGAGGCGAUAUCAGGCACUGGAAAUUGAACUGCAGUCUGCACAUAGUCUGAAAGCGGCCCUUGAGGCUGCCCUCCGUGACACUGAAAUGAGUUACAAUGUGGAGUUGGAGAAGUAUAAUGCAAUCAUCCUGAGGCUGCAGGAGGAACUGACACAGAUUCGCAGCAACAUCCAACAAAACACUCACGAGUACGACCUCCUGCUCAACAUCAAGGUGAAACUGGAGGCUGAGAUCGCUGAGUACAGGAGGCUGCUGGAUGGUGGAGGAGAAUUAAUGCUUGAGGAUGCCCUUAAUUCAGCAAAAGUCCAAAACGUCAUAACGGUCACUCAGACUCUGGUGGACGGCAAAGUGGUGUCAGAGACCAAGGAUGUCAAAUCAAGUGAAAACCUUGCAAUUAGUUAAAAAAAGAAACAGAAAAAGAAACAACUGUAUGAAAAUAAAACAAACCAACAUGACUA